AUGGGAUGCCGGCACGUGGCGCCCCGCGCCCACAUCGCCACCGGCCCGCAGGAACCCGUGCAGGGCCCUCCCGGCCCGCGCCUCCUCCGCCCCGCGCCCCGCGACCGAGCCCGCGCGGCUCCCCCCGACGCCCACCGCCUCGCCGCCGAGGUCCGGCGCCGCCCUCCGCCGCCAUCGUCGCGCCGCGCCGCCGCAACGGCGAGCUCGCCCGCCUCCGCCGCCCGACGCCUCCCCGCGACCACUCCGGUCGGCGCCGCCUCCCCAUCCCUCCUCUCCGGCGCCCCGUCCUCUCCCCGCCAGCGCCUCCUCCUCCCCGGCUCCGGUGUCUCCCAGUUAUUCGCCACCUCGCCGGCGUUCGUCGUCCGCCGCCACCUCGACAGCACCGGAGCGCGCCCCCCGUCGCCGAGCUCCUCCGCCGCCCUCGUGCACCACCCCCGCCGUCCUCGCGCACCACCGCCGCCUCCCGUCCGCCGCCACGUGCCUCCGCCUCCUCGCCGCCGCCUUCCAACCGCGCCUUCCCGUCGCCGCCCUGCCUCGCCCUGGGGCGGAUCCGGCGAGAUCCGCCCGGAGCGCCCCGUCCCCGCCACGUCGGACCUCUCUUCGGCCAACUCCGGCGACACCCCGGCGAUCCUCGAAGUCCGCGCCAACCGGGACCAGAUCCACCACCACGCCCAACCAAACAUGCCCCGAGCCUCCCUGGAUCCAUCCGUCCCACACGCCAACGUCGCGCGUUGA